GUACUUUCAUUUGUCCUGCACCUGCCAGAAGGUUCCCACUCUCUGAAGUUCUUGUCUACAGGACGUGUGCAGCCUGGAGAUCGACCUUUAUUUGAACAACUAACUGUAUUUGAUGGAGUUCCCAUCUCUUACUGUGACACCGUGACUAAAAGAGAACAACUCAAACCUACCCUGGAGUCCCAAAAGUUACCUGAAAACUGCCAUGAAGCGAGUCUUAAUAUCAUAUUGUCUCUCUACGAGAUUCCAAGAUUCAUGAACAGCACAGUGUAUGUUGUACAGCGGCGGCGGGGCUGCAUCCUGUCAGCCAAUGGGACGGUGGUUGCUUCUGAAGCCUGGGCAGUAGAUGGGAUGGAUUUUUUUAGCUUUGACCCUGAAUCUCAGAGAUGGACGUCCCAGUCUCCUUCUGCAAGACCAGUGGAACAACUCUGGAACAAACAGAUAGCCAUGAAUAAUGCCUAUAGACACUUCCUCAGAGAGGAAUGUCCACAGAUGAUCCAGGGAAUUAAAUUAAGACCAACACAGCAGAAAACAGAGCUACGUGUUUUUGCCAAGCCCAUUGUUGACACAGACCAGGCACUGCUGAGGUGUCAUGUGAAGAGUACUAACAAAUCAGUGAGCUCGGUGCAUCUGAUUGGAAACGGGGCUUCCAGGGCCAGUUGGAUCAGCGUAACCGGACCGAUGCCUGCCGAAGACAGAUCCGUGAUCCUCCGACUGACAGCUAAGAUCUCCCAGAGCCGAAACACUGUCACGUACGGCUGCACAGUACAAACAGGAAGUCACAACAUCACCGUCUUUUGGGAUGGGAAUACUCUCGACGGCAGAAACCUUCUUGAUAACUCAAGUGUGUUUUGGACAAUCCUGCUAGUAAUCCUUGGAGUCUUCUGCGUUUUGUUUAUAAUCGCUAGUAUAUCCCGUGCAAUCCGAUGUCUGCUUAAAUGUGUGAAAAAGAAGUCCAGUCCUCCUUCUAGAGUUGAUCCACAGCUGGCGGAGCAGUUUACCAGGAUCAUGGAGAGUGUUGCUUCUCCAGAUCUGCAGAGUGUUAUUUUUUCAGUCAUGCGGGGUACAGAGGGAAACAGGGAGUUACAGGACCAGUGGGAGAUGAGCAUUGUUAUAAGGGAUCAAAGUCACUAUGAUCCAGAGUACUAUGCUCAUCAAAUAGAUGGGGCACAUCGGUAGUGAAUUUAGGAAUUGAGCAGGAAUUUAAAAUUUUAGAACCAGAAACAUUUAAAAUAUCAACUGUGAACAUCAGGUUUUGCUGUCAGUCCCUCAGAGAUUCUGUUAUUUGUCACUGAAUCCAUUAAUUACAGAACUGUGUUCAUUCAUUAUUCAUCAUUCCCUACAUAGUAACCACUCAGUUGUCUGCUCAAUAUUUAGUAUUAUAUUGAAACAUUUAA